AUGGAAGCAGGCGACGAUGGCAGCGCCGCCGCGCGCGCGGUCGAGGCCGUCCUUGCGCGCGAGCUCAAGCGGCCCAAGCUCGAGCGCGCGCCCUUCAACCCCACGGAUCACGGGCUGCGCGAAGACUUUCGGCUCACGGACUUUAGCGCGCUGAAAGGCUGA